CUGUGCAUGAUAAAUGUGCGCAUUGUGAUGGGUUAGUCAGCGGAUAGGCUGCCAUCAGAGCAGCAAUCUGGUGUUUCAAGGAGACAGACUACAAGGCAAACAGCAACUGAACUCGGCGUCGCAAAAGUCUGGCUAUCUGCUCUCGUUGUCCGUGGCUUUAAAUGUCCUCUGCCAUGGCAAAGCGCGAGGCUGGGAGCACCAGCCCUGUGGUGCGUCAGAUAGACAAGCAGUUUCUGGUCUGCAGCAUCUGCCUGGAUCACUACCGCAACCCCAAGGUCCUGCCCUGUCUGCACACCUUCUGUGAAAGUUGUCUCCAGAACUACAUUCCCCCAGAGUCUCUGACGCUCUCGUGCCCAGUGUGUCGGCAGACGUCCAUCUUGCCAGAGAGAGGAGUUUGUGCCCUACAGAACAACUUCUUUAUCACUAAUCUCAUGGAGGUCCUUCAACGAGAGCCAGAGUGCUCGAGGCCAGAGGCCUGCAGUGUCCUGGAGUCAGUCAGUGCUGCAGCUGCAGGAAAGCCCCUCUGCUGCCCGAACCAUGAGGGAAAGGUGAUGGAGUUCUACUGCGAAUCAUGUGAGACAGCCAUGUGUCUGGACUGUACAGAGGGGGAGCACCGGGAGCACGUGACCGUUCCUCUGCGGGACGUCUUGGAACAGCACAAGGCUGUACUGAAGACACAGCUGGAUGCCAUACGCAGCAGGCUCCCUCAGCUGACGGCAGCCAUCGAGCUGGUGAGUGAGAUCUCUCGCCAGCUGAACGAAAGGAAGAACGAGGCGGUGGCAGAGAUUACCAGCACGUUUGAAGAGCUGGAACGGGCGCUGCAUCAGCGCAAGACGGCCCUCAUCACAGACCUGGAGAGCAUCUGCAGCGCCAAGCAGAAGGUCCUGCAGGCCCAGCUUUCAUCUCUCCUUCAGGGGAAGGAACACAUCCAGAGCAGUUGCAGCUUUACAGAGCAGGCUCUCAGCCACGGGAGUGCUACUGAGGUGCUGCUGGUUCAGAAGCAGAUGAGUGAGCGGGUAACAGCACUGGCCCGACACGACUUUCCCGAGAGACCACAUCAGAAUGCACACCUGGACUGUCAGGUGGAGACUGAAGGUCUGAGACGCUCCAUUCAAAACCUGGGUGUUCUCCUCACCACAGCAGCUGUAGCUCACACCUCCGUCGCCACAGGAGAGGGCCUCCGCCACGCAGCAACCGGGCAACACCACACCGUUACUGUGACAACGAAAGACAAAGAUGGGGAGCUGGUACGGACAGGAAAUGCUGUUUUGAAAGCAGAGAUAAUGUCUGCCGAUGGGAAUCGGGCUGCAGAGACAGAGAUAACGGACAAUAAGAAUGGAACAUAUGAGGUGGGCUACACGUUACGCUCAGAGGGAGAGUACUCCUUUGCUCUGUUGCUGUACGGCCAGCCGAUACGUGGCAGCCCGUUCCGCCUGCGGGUGGUGAAGCCCUCGGAUGUGCCACAAUCUCCAGAUGACGUGAAGAGGAGGGUGAAGUCUCCCAGUGGGACCGGGGGCCACAUACGGCAGAAAGCAGUGCGACGGCCUUCCAGCAUGUACAGCACCACCAAGAAAAAGGAGAACCCCAUUGAAGAUGAGCUCAUCUACAGAGUGGGUUCCCGGGGCAGAGAGAAAGGAGAGUUCACCAAUCUGCAGGGAAUCUCCGCCUCUAGUAACGGCAGAGUGGUGGUGGCCGACAGCAACAACCAGUGCAUACAGGUGUUCUCCAACGAUGGCCAGUUCAAGAUGCGCUUCGGGGUCAGAGGUCGGUCUCCGGGGCAGCUGCAGAGACCGACAGGUGUCACCGUGGACAUGAAUGGUGACAUUGUGGUGGCCGACUAUGACAAUCGAUGGGUCAGCAUCUUCUCCUCUGAUGGCAAGUUUAAGAAUAAGAUCGGUGCAGGCCGGCUCAUGGGUCCUAAAGGUGUGGCUGUGGAUAAGAAUGGACACAUCAUCACUGUGGACAACAAGGCCUGCUGCGUCUUCAUCUUUCAAUCCAACGGGAAGCUUGUGACUAAGUUUGGAGGCAGGGGGACGUCCGACAGACAGUUUGCCGAAAAACUUGGCCCAAACUUAAAUAAAUCUGGCUCAGUUUUCAGUCCACACUUUGUUGCAGUUAACAACAAGAAUGAAAUUAUCGUGACCGAUUUUCACAAUCACUCUGUGAAGGUAUACAGUGCAGAUGGAGAGUUCUUGUUCAAAUUCGGCUCUCAUGGCGAAGGCAAUGGCCAGUUCAAUGCUCCCACCGGUGUGGCCGUUGACGCCAACGGAAACAUCAUCGUCGCUGACUGGGGGAACAGCAGAAUACAGGUGUUUGACAGCACAGGCUCCUUCUUAUCCUACAUAAACACCUCAGCAGACCCGCUGUACGGCCCCCAGGGCCUCGCCCUCACCUCAGACGGACAUGUGGCUGUUGCUGACUCCGGCAACCACUGCUUUAAGGUUUACAGAUAUCUGCAGUAAGCUGGGGGAAGACGGCGCCGACACAACUCCUGUUCAGACGAGUUAAUGUCACAUACUGCUUGUGGACAUACAGCUGCAAUGUGCCUGCACACUGUACAGCCUAGGUUCCGCAGAUUCAUUUUCCGUUUCAUUUUGUCUCUACAUACUUUCGAAAAUCUAACAUUUAAAGCUGAAAAAAAAAGAAAUCUGAGAAAAAAAUGUUUACAUGAAAAACGACCCGAACCCCCAACAUUCAAGUGUGAUUAAAAUGUUUUUUAAAAGACAAAACAAGCCAGUUAUCCAAAACAAUAUCGUUAAAAAAAUGACUUUAUAUCGCUCUUUCCGAGAAAAGAAAUCUCAAAAGACUGUCCUGGUAAAAUAAAGAUUAAAAGAAAUAAAAAUUCACCAGCAACUAAGAAAUAAAACAUCCUGUAAUUAGAUAUUUCCCUGUCUGAUCACUCAUGGUUUGAAUACCUUAAAGCUGUUAAAACUUUAAUGCCAAUAACCAAAUGAAGGGGAAAAUGAACCGGAAAUUAAUCUCCGGAACAAGACGUUUCAGCUCUGUGUCUUACAAGUGGGUAGACGGCCCGACAGUCUAAAGUUGGUGACGCGCUGCCGUUUUUCGGGCAGUGCAGAUGGGCAACACUCCCGGCAACCAGCAAACUAAGUGAGCCACAGAAGCGGACAGUCAACUGCCUGUCUCCUGGUGAGGAGACGAUGCUUUGUGAUUGGAGUAACGAUGCUCAGGCCUUUUUCUUGAACACUGUUGCGUGUUUGUGUGCUCCAGAAAAAUUACCCUGUGGUGACUGCCUUACAAUUUCUCAUCAAUAAAACACAUCAGAACACACACAGACAGGAAUGUGUUGCUUAAAGAAAAAGUUGUUUCUUAUUCUCAUUCUGCACCUUAUCACUCCAACAAGAUUCCUGACAAUGAAUAGUUUUUUUUGUGUUUUUUUUAAUUUCACUUUUUUUUUGGUUACCUAUAUGCAGGUGGUUUUGCUUUGGUACCCAAAGACAAGCAUCAAGAAGCACAACAGUGAAUAGAACGAAAAGGUUUUUGAACGCAGCAUCUGAACCGGCUCCACUUUUAACGUAAAGCCCGGUCCCUUCCAGCCAGUCUUUCUCUCUCUGUUAACCGAGACAAACAUCUGACAUCUGACCCCGUUAGUUCUCGCACUUUUGUGAAUUCAUAUCUACAACCAAAUGUAGUUGUACAUAUGCAUAUUUAGGUGUAUAUAUGGAUUUGGUGUCCAUGUUAUUUGACUAUAUAGCCUACUUAUUCCAGCACUUAACGAAUCAAGGAUUUCAACACUGGAGUAUAUACUAAUACAGUAGAGGGUUAUGCCAAGUAGUAGCCAGCUGAAUGACUUGCAAACAUCAAUGGAACAAUGUUGUAUACACCUUAUUUGCUGUAUUUUAUUUUUUCAAAGGACUUAAUUUAUUUUUAAUUUUCUUUUCUACAUAAUUUGCUCUACAAAUUAUUUUUCUAAUUGGUGCAUUUGAACUGUUUCCUCUUUGCCAAACAUCGUUGUACAUAGGCCUCGUAACUUGUAGCACUGAAAGCUGUUGUCUCUCUUGCCUCUUCCCGAUGAGCUCACAUCCAGUUAAACAGUAACUUUUCCUUCUGCCAAAACGUAUUGUCGUAAGUUGUUGUCGAGCGUUGCAGAAAAUACAAAUAUUAUAAGUUAUAUAGUUUGCAAGAGUAAUAUAUGCCUGUGUAUAGUUAUCAUUUAACAUAACCAGAAAGUGUACUGUAUAUUACAAUCAUAUUCUUGUCGUAGAGGACAUGCACCUUUAUCACGAAUUUUCCAGUAGCUGCCCAUUAAUUUGCUUUGUAGUACAGUGUGUUGAAGGUUUUCUGUGUGGCUCCUUGAGAAAACACACCACCAGCUAACACGCAGUAACACGGGACGUUUUUCACCCGUCUUCUAGGAUUGAAUUGCCUGCCCCUGAUAACUGAGCUGUCGUUCCUUCUCUCUUUCCAUCUGUAUUUCCGAUUUAUUGGAAAGCUCUCUGUAAUGGCUCGCUUCAGUUGACUCACCUCCUCCGUGAAUCGGACUCCUGUGUUACCACGGUUUUAUUUUCACGGGUAUGUCUAUCCCUCACCUGUAACAGUCACUGACCUACUCAUGUCUGUGCGAAAUAAAGGAAGCACGUAGAAACUGAACAAUACAUCAACCAUCUUGUGUAUCCUACUGUAUACUACAAGAAGCCAGUCUUACAAGAAGUAAUCACUAUGUAACCAUGGCAAAGAUACAAAUGUAAAUAUUAAAGAAUAACACUACGAACGGUUGUUCAAAUGGUCUGUUUUGUAUAACCAGACUUCAGUCAAUGAAUGCAUCCAUUUUCUUCUGUACAAGGUUACGAUGACUCAUUGUUUUUAGUAAUGUGCUUGUUUUCUUUUAAUUUUUUUUUUCUGGCAGAUUAGAAACCAGUGUGGCCACGUCUUUUCUUAUCAAGAUAAGCAUCUGAAUAUUCAGCAGCCUUAUAAAGGAGAUUAGAGUCUUGAGUCCCAUCCUGACGAGCCGUUUUUGUUGAAAGCCCCUGCUCUCUGGUGGCUAUUUGAAAAACUGUCAAUCGUGUAGAAAAUGGCCAAAUAAUGGAAACUUGACUA